AUGGCUUUUGCUUGCUACGCUGCAGGGUUCAGAUCACUGCUUUUGAUGCUGGUGCUAGCACUCACUGUAAGGAGCUUACCCCGUGGGAGGGUAGUAGAACCUCGACCCAGCAAGGACAGUGGCUCUGUGAGGCUUAGUGAAGACUGCCUGAACCAAAAGGAUCUCAAAUUCCCUACAACAGUGAAAGUGGACGUUCAUAUCAGCAAUUCAGAUCACGCCUUUAGGAUGGCCCAUGAUGUCAGGAACCGGUCUCUCGCUCCUUGGGAUUACAGCCUCAACGAGGACCCCAACCGCUUUCCCCGGGUGAUAGCUGAUGCCAAGUGCCGCCUCUCUGGCUGCGUGAACCCCCUGGGGCAGGAGGACCACAGCCUCAACUCCGUCCCCAUCCAUCAGGAGAUCCUCGUCCUCCGGCGGGAGCAGCGGGGCUGCCGGCCCACCUACCGCCUGGAGAAGAAAGUCAUCACCGUGGGGUGCACGUGUGUCACUCCAGUCAUCCGCCAGCAGUCCUAG